AUGACCAACAGGAAAGUCAAAGUUUUGCCGGGACCAUCUUACGCCUCUUGGGUACAAAAUUGUGACUCGGGUAUGUUUUAUCUUCCGCUGGACACUCUUGGAACCUGGCAAAAGUGUGUGAAAGCGACUGAAGAGGCGCUGGCUGGCGGAGCCAGUGUCGCUGUGGACAACACAAACGUUGAUGUUUCUUCUCGCUCCCGCUAUGUUCAGAUAGCCACAUCUGUAAAAUGCGGUCUUCGCUGUCUUUGGCUCACCACCAGCAUGAAUCAAGCCAGGCAUAACGAGAUGUUUCGUCAAUUGACCGGCGAAAAACAUGAAAAAAUUGGCCCUAUGACAAAAUUUUUGCUAUGGAAGUACUACAAUGAAAAGCUAGUUUUCUUUUCAUGUGAACAUUUUCUUAAUUCAAGAAGUGCAAUGAGGGAGCAUAUUGAAGAAAAGCUAUUACUUUUGACAGUAUUGCUGUUUUUCUCUUCCUGCGCCAUAUUGGGUGAUUGGGCUACCGGCCAUUAUUGUAAGUAUGCGAACCCUUGCUGCUAG